AUGAGUGGUAAGAUAGAUUCUCUUGACGCUAAGAUCGUCCAGUAUCAAUAUGCUAUUAUCCAAUUGCAAAUCUACAUUCCUCAGAUUAAAGAGUUCCAGAAAUCAUUGCUUCUGAAACCAAAUCAGGUCCCAUUAAUGCAAUAUAUUGUGGUGGCUAUCCAACAACUCUUUCUGAUCAGUGAAGGUCCUUUCAAUGCCCGACUUAAACUGCUUCUGGACUAUGGUUUGUUCAAGCCACUGUCAGUGACUGUUCCAGCCACAGUUUCUCAUGUUCCUUAUGAUAUCCAAGAUUUGGCCGUGGUCCCUCUAAGUUCCGUUCCUUCCAGUACCCAGGCUUUUAAAUGCUUGAAGUUAUUGGAAUUAUUAUGUCAGAAUUGUUUACAUGCUUAUCUUGCAAGAUUACACCAGGCAAAGUUGGCAAAAUUAGAACAAAGUCGUAUGACUGAUGAUCCUCAGUUGAAAUUAGAGACUAUCGACCAACAAAUGGACGAACUUGCAACAUUUUUGAAAGAGAAAUUGUUUAAUGAUAAUAGUAUGUUAGAUUUGAAUGAUUUGAUGUUUGAGUUACCUCCAGAUCACGAGACUUUGAAUUCUGAUGCUACUUAUGUUGAAGCCACCCUUAUUGAUUUUGAUAUGAAAAUGCUGUACUAUAUUUCUAAAGUGAAAAGUAUAGUGGAAGAUACCUUAAAUGUAGAACUCACCAGACUCAGAAAUAUCCGUUCAUUUUCAUCUCCAACUGCUCAGAUUAAUUAUUUGAGCCAAUUGCCUCAUGCACAUUUAACAAUGCAUUUGAUUCUUGCUUUGACUUUAAGGUUAAAUGAGAUAUACAAUAUAACCAGAAGAUUCGGAAGACAAAUAUAUUUCCCCAAUGCUCAACAUCUUUAUGAUUCCAAAUUGAUAUCUCAAACGAAGAACCCCACCUAUUUCAAACUGCAUGUAUUAAAGGACUUUGAUGAGUUGGCAAAUGCUAAUAAGAAGAAUGGAACUUUAAUUGCAACCAUCACAAGAUUUAUUCGGGCUAAUUCUGAAUUCGAAGUGAACGCAAAGAAUGUCCUUAAUAUAACCAACAUUUUGAAUCUGGCUCAUUCAAUGAUUGUUACAUCUCUAACUUCCAUUGAAGAAUUUAGAAAUUAUUGGAUUUAUGCAGAGGUAAAGUUUAGAAAGGCACAUUCGAUUCCUAGAAAGAAUUUGGCAAUUAUUCAUCAACAAUUUAAUCCAGCCCCUCCUCCACCAUCACAACCAUCACAACCACCAUCACAACCACAACCACAACCGCCAAAGGUGUCUUCAUCAAUAUCUCCAACCCUGAGUCGACCACAAACAGAUGAUAGUUCAAUUACCACUAAAGAAAGCUUGGAUUCAGCUACACAGCUUCCAACUAUCAUGACUAACUUAACGCAACCAUAUAAUUCCGAAUCCAGUCUAGUUGAUUUGCAGGAAACUGGAGCACAUAGAUCUCCAACUACGGCUGAAUCUAUAAAUGCCAGUAGUGCUUUAAUUGCCAAACUAUUUAAUGAUGAUCACAUUCAAAGUAUUGAAUCCGAUUUCAAAACCCUUGAUAUUAAGAAUCAAGUGAAAUUGAAUACUCCUUCAGGAAACAGAUCACGUUCUUCUUCACAAUCAAGUGUUAACAGUAAUGGGUCUUUAAGCAGAAGGUCAAUAUAUGGCACAUUAAACUCCCCAUCCUCAAGCAAAAGAAGUAGCUUAUACGCACAAAAAAAUGGUUCCUUAACUAAUUUCCCUACGACUGAAUAUUCUUCAAGCUCAAGCUCACAGGCUCCACCAACUGUUGGCAAUAGAAGAAGAGCAAAUUCCCAACCAAUCAGACCUACAUCGAUGUACGUUACAUCAUCACCACCAAUAAUGCAACCCAAGUCUCAUGCGGCAUCCGGAGCAGCAGCAGCGUUGGUCAGAAAUAUGAACAAACAAGAUGUCAAUGCACCUGCCACAAACACGGCUAUUGUAAGAUCAUCUAACGGGAUGGUUAGAAGGUCACCAUCGUUGACAAAGAAAGCACAAGCUGGCACUCAAGGAGCAAAUCAAGUCUCACCCUUGGCCCAUAAGAUACAACCAUUCAAGAAACCUGCAAGACCCAGUGUGGUAGAAGAAGAGGGGGAACAAGUGAAGCCUGCGGUUCAAAGAAUGACUGCCAACCAGAGAUUACAGCAGCAUUUAAAAAAUGCUUCUCAGCAAGGGUCAUUAGUGACACAGCAGAAGGAGCAAUUGAAGUCAGUCACUGUUGAUGUGAGUGAAUUGUCCCAGUUGAAUAUGAAAAGAUACACUGAACAACCUCCACUGCCACCGCCGCCACCACCACCACCACUACAACAACAACAACAGGCAUCUGUGUCUCCCAAGAAUGGUGCAAGCGUAGCUGAAGUUUCACCAGGAAAGAUAACCAGACUGCAAAUGACUAAGAUCAAUACUCACAAGAACAGCAUGAACAUGCAUGGAGAAGAGGGAGGACCACUUUCUUCGUCAUCGACUUCUUCCACGCCAUCUACGAUCAGCUACAUCGGAGAUAAGGUCCGCUCUCGAAGUAUUCUGGUCCUGGAAGAUGGGAGCUCUGUUGUUAAGAGAGUCCGGUUUAUUGGAGUACCCCAAUACUCUGAAGCAGAAGAUGCACCUUCGAAUUAUGCACAAAAGAUUCUUAGAAACUUUGCCAUGCUUCGGCCGGGGAAGCCAAGUCAACAGAGACUGUCUUUUGCUCAGAAGGAGCAUCUUUUGAAGAAGGAAGAAAGUAUUUCAUUUAGGAAACAGCUUCAUUCUAAUGUUCCAAGUUAA